AUGGAGGAAGUAAGAGAAUUUAUUAAAGAACAGAGAAAAAAGAAAGAAGCCGCAGAAGCCAGACGAAGACGUUCAGUGACAAAGAGUUCUUCAUCAUCAAACAAAGCGCCAAUGCCCAAAAAAGCUAAAACUUCCGAGAAAAAAACUGAUGAGCAAAAAAAUAUUUUUGAUCCUGUUAUUAAGGUAUGCACUUUAAUGAAUAGCUUCUCUAUAUUUAAAUUAAAGUCCAUUGUUCAAAAAGUAAAUGGACAGUCAGAAAAAGAAAAGCAAGAUGAAGAAGAGUUGCAUCAAGCAAUCCUUAAUUAUCAAAUGGAAGAGGAUGAGGAUGAGUCAAGUGAUCCUGACUCAGACGAAGAGGUGGACUUAGGAGAAAAUGAAGAAGAAUAUAAGAAAAUGCGACUUGAUCGAAAACUACUAAAGAAAUUUGUUGUGCCAGAAGCUCUACUCAGCCGAGCGCAAAUUCUUAAAGAUCCGCGCAGUGGUAUCUUCGUAUAUAUGUGCGAAUCUUGUCGCAACCACCAGAAAAAAAGGGAAUAUUUUCUCUUUAAAAUUGGACAUCCGGGAUUGUUUAUUUUGACUAUAGAAUUGUGCGCGGAAGAUUUGGACAAGAAUAUUUCAUUAGGAAUGCAUUAUAAUGGAUAUUUUGGUAAAAAUUAUUAA